UGGAGCACCUUGUCUUUUUUAGGUUGCAGCUGAGCCAUGAUGAAGGUUAUUGCUGCCGUUGUGCUGCUGUUGGCCCUGUCUCACCAGGGAUAUAGCAGUAGGAAUUAUUUUCUAAUGACUGUAACCUUUUAUAACCGGUAUAUCUUGAACCAGUUAAAACUAUGAUUCCUUGUUUUUUUCUGUCUGCAGACAGCCUGGAUUCAUGUGAGGGUCGCUGUGGUUAUGGAACAGACAGUGAUUUUACGUGUCAGUGUAACCCAUCCUGUGAGCGCUACGGAGACUGCUGCUCUGACUACACUGAGAUCUGCAAAGGUGAGUGACAGAAACAGAUGUUUAUUAUUUUUAGCAUUACUUUAACAUUGUAGAAUCCCUUGUUUGUAUCACUAUGCACCUUACCUUUUUGUUCCAAGUGUGUUUUCAUUCCUUCUAGGUGACUCCACAUCUUGUAAGGGCAGAUGUGAUGAGAAAUAUGACCCUGACAACGAGUGCCACUGCAACUCCAAGUGCUCCCAGUACGAUAACUGCUGCAGCGACUACACAGACCUCUGCGACGGUAGGUACUGCACGUGCUCCCUUUCACAUGUCUGGAUAACUGCAGUCAAAGCAUAUGAUACUGCACUGACAAUAUUUAUGAUGAUUAUAUGUGAGAGAUUUUACUGCUUAAAUUCCUCUAUUUGACGGUCACUUACAAUUUCAUACAGCAAGUGCUUUUGUCACAUGUCUUGUACAUUUGAGAGAAAGUUCAAAACAAGCAAAGAUCCAUAUUAAUAAGUCUAAACCUGCAGUUUAAUCAGACGCAGGUACUGGCAUGCCAUGUAUUGUCCAAAGCAUCGGUUUUAUAGAAGCUGUUUUUUAAAACUUAAACUUAAAUGGAAGCCUGAAUCAUAUCAUGAAUUAUUUUAUGGCCCUUUGCAAGGAAGUGACUCCCAGAUCAGAGACCCAGGAGUAAAUUACACAACUGCUUUUUUUUUUUUUUUUUUUAAGUGAAAACAAAUUUUUCAGCCCUUGGAUGUAAAAGCUACGGCUGUAAAAUGAUUCUUGCACACUGAUUCACAAGUGCUCCCUGUUCAGCCCAGUAAAUCAAACACAGGGGGGAUUUUAUUUAAAAUACUAAGAGCAAAUAUUUCAAAAGAUACUGCUUUAUUUUAGUUACAUAGUUUAAAUGUUGUGGUAUUACUGUUUCAGGACCUUUGUAGAUCUCCCCCUGUCGCUGAAUUCGGGUCAAAGUUUCGUACAGUGGUUGACCAGCAGGUGUCAAUGUUGAGCUUUGUAAACCACUGAAAACCACAAAGCUUAUCCUCUCUGUUGAGUUUAAGUACUCAGAUGUAAUCUUUGACCCCACUUUCAAGGGUAAAAAAGGUAAAACUACAAUAUACAGGUUAUCUAAUAAAGAGUUUGAAAGCACAUAUGAGUUUAUCUAAGUUAUGGAGAAUGGCAUCUUUAAGAAUGAUUUCCUUUUUUAUCUGUCAAAAUGUUGGAGGUGGCUGAGUGGAAGUAAAAUCUAUAUAUUUGAUCACAUACUGCUGUUUAUCCUUUACAAUCUCUUUGUAAGUUACGUACAAUAUUAGUCUGGAUAGAAACUGUAAGUGUGAAGAGUUCAAAAAGGCUCAAGGUAUAAAACCUGUGAUACCAGUAGGGGAGAGUGGGGUAAGUUGAGCCACCUCCUGUUGCUUGGUGAUGGUAAAAGAAAUUGAUCAUGUGACCAAAUAUUUAGGAGAUGGGCAUCGAUUCAUGGAGUCUGUGAAGGUUAGAAGCACAUGGGUCCAAAAAAACUCUUGAAAGUGAAUUCAGUCUGUCAUAAGUUUUAUUAGAAUUGUGUUCAGAUCAACUUACCUUGGUCAACUUACCCCAUACACGGGGUAAGUUGACCAUAGGAGACCACUUUUUUUUGGCAUGCUAUAUUAUCAAGACAGUUCUGUUUACACUCAUUCUGUUGGUUUGCAGGGAUGCACAACAUCUUGAAAUAUAUACAGAUACACUAGUUAGAGACAAAACUAUGAUUGCCUUGAUGUAGAGAUCCGAAAAAUGAAAAAUGGCUCAUCUUACCCCACUCUCCCCUAUAUACUCUUGACAGCUCAGCUUAGUGAUGGAAGCACAGAAAGCAGAGAAAACUGUUAGAGAUUAUCAGUAACAGAACAAAGUCAGCAUAUGUGGUGUUUGCCAUGGUCUACAGGGGAUGGAGGAGGAGGUUCGAUCACUGAUGCUGAGAUCGAGGCCCUCUCAGAGACGCUCUAUGCCCUGGAUUCAAACAAAGCUUCAGCCUCACAGCUGAUCAUUGACCCUCAGGCUCUGGUGCAUGACUCCCAGACAAGCUCCCAGUCAGACCUCUCCUCCAGACGGUGAGGAGAAAACAUAAUUAUAAAAACAGCUAACACUCACUUACUCAACUACUCUUACAUGUCAUUAUUGAUGUCUGUCUUUGUGCUUUCAGGUUGUUUAAAUACCUGGAUGAGAAGGCUCUGUUCUCCAGACCCACCUACUCUGCUCUGCUGGCUGUGCUGGACAACUACAACAGGAUGACAGGACAGACUGAGAACUUCAGUCCUCAGCAGUUGAAUGAGCAGGACGUCUUCCUGAGGGAGACCAUGUCCAACACUGAGCUGGGCAGAGAGCUGUUCUCCUUCCUCUACACAAAGGGUAACUUUUUCAUAGUUCAACAUUAUACUUAUUCAAAUUUGUUCACAGACGACACAUAAUGUGGUCUGAUAAUGCAAGUUAAGAGAAAAUAGGGAACUGAAUUUGCACAUGAAGAAAAUGAUUGUAUGAAUUAAGAUUUCAGGAGUAUAUACUGAAUAUGUAGCUGCCACUGCCACCGGGACAGACAUAGCAAUAACUUCCAAUGAGCAUAAAACAAACAAAAAGUACCACAGACAACUACCUGGAAAUAGCCCUUCGUGCUCUAAUGUUGAAGGCAUAGUUCCAAUGUGUAUUUUCAGGUAUCUACACAUCAGAAGAAGACUUCAUUCAGGACCUUAAGAUGAUGUGGUUUGGUCUUUACUCCCGAAACAACAACAAGUUUGACUCUAGUGGAUUUGAGCAUAUCUUUGCAGGUACGAAAAGAGCAGAUUUCUCAUGAAUGCCAUGGAUAUUUUGUGAUUUAGUUGUAAAAAUUAUGAAAUUCACUCUGUGAUAGGUGAGGUCAAGGGUGGAAAGGUGUCUGGUUUCCACAACUGGAUCCAGUUUUACCUCCUGGAGAAGACAGGGAAACUGAACUAUUACAGCCAUAGCUUUAACGGACCUGUAAGUGUCAACAGACCAUGCCUCGUCAUCUAUACUGCGACAUGUGCAGCUCUCUGUUCAUACACCCUUUUUCUAUAUUCCACCUGCUCUUAGUGGACCACCUAUCCUGAUGUUUUGGGGAUGCAGUUCAUGUGGGAAGGCUACUACAAGCAGGUUGGCUCUGCAGUGAUUGGCUGCAGCCCUGAAUUUGACUUUGCCUUGUACAGCCUCUGCUACAUCACUCGCCCAGGGAAACGGUGAGUUCAUCUCCUACUCUAUAGUUAUCGCGUCUCUUUUUUAGAGGUAGAUAUUACAUUGUUGAUCCUUCACAGGUGUCACCUGAGUCUGGGUGGGAAGGAGCUCAUAAUCCAAACUUACACCUGGGAUAAUUCUUCUUAUGGUGAUGGGAAGAAGUUCAUCGGCUCUGCUUUUCCUGCAUCACCGAGGAACUGAAGCUGCUAUCUGCAAACUCUAAGAAACACACAAAGGAUUAAUGUAAAUCAUGACAUAAACACUUUAAAAGUUAAUGUUCCUUUGACAAGUCAGAGAAGCAAAGUUGAACUUUUUGUCCAAAGUGUUCGAAUAAAACAGCUGAAAUAAUAUAAAAAAAGAGAAAAAAAAAUCCUCUCCGAUGGCUUCUUUUCAGAUGCUGCCCCUUUUGUCACAAGCAGUUGCACAAAUAAAACAGUGCAGCAGGCGAUGGAUUAUCUGCAACGUAACCUUUCUACGGAACAAGGGAAUGUGCUGCUCUCCCAUGGGCACGAUCAAACUGUGCCUAAUGGGGCAAAAAAAUGGACGUUUACACACCCUGAGUGGGCACAAUACUGACACCAGUCGUAAGAGCAUGAGUGCAUGUGACACAAUUACUUAUUGUCUUUGAAGGGAGCAAAACAAAAGAACAAACAAACAAAAAAAUUGGCAUACGAUCUUUUGCAGAUUAAACUAUAGAGACAAAAAGACAUUAACAGAUCCUCUUCUGCUUGACCUGCUUCAAACACUAGCCACCAGUUAAACCUGUUCCUAUCAGCUGUCCAUAAAGCUGUGUGUCAACUCCCCAGUUUGGGGUUAAGAGCCUGUAUGUGUGUGUGUGUUUAGGUCUGAAAGGGUGGAUCUUUGUGUGUGUGUGUUCAGCUGGGAUGGGGGUUGAUUUUACUCUUUCACUCAUCUAGGGUGACUAACAGGAUAAAUUUGGGUCUGCCGACUGAACAGGGGGACACACUUGCUGGCCUGUUUGAAGAAAGUAUAACAGGAGAUGGAUCUGCCACGGAUCCCAUUGUUCGCCAGUCUGCAUGCAUUCAUGCAAAAACAAGCACACAGGGCUGGUCAGUAUGCAGGAAAAAUGUGGCCUUCAGUGAUUCGUCUCAUUUAGGCCUCACAUGCUGCAACACAACAAUAAAGUUAGCCUAGAGAAGAAUUUCUUUCACUGUUUUGUCAGACUAUAUUACAUUUUCUGAGCUGGUGACUCUGGAAAUUAGAAGAGUAAAUCUUUUCUCUUUUCACACUGCUCUUUUUUGUGAAAGCCCCAGUGGAAUCAAAUUAAAUCACAGUGAAGCAAAUAAAAGAAAAAAAUUCAA